AUGUCCAUCUACAACUCUGACAACGAGUCAGCCAGCGAGUUCGAACGGUUAGAGUCUACUUUGCCCGAUCCGCUCCGCCGCUCAGCACUGUCUCUUUUCGAGAAAUUGAUCUCUCCAUCCCAGAAAGACACUCACAUAUCUUCCAGCUAUUUCGAUGCUCCACUGCCUAGAGUGCCCAAUUUCAACCCACUGAAUUCAUUGGGCGGAAUUCUGAAGGAUCAACACAAUCGUUUGCUUCUGAAACUUUCCCGCUCCGAGAAUGGCAGGGAGGGCUCGCCAAUUCCCGUGCCUAAACCUAGCUUCAACGAGCUGAUCAACAAACCUGCCAUGAACACAAAGCAGUCGUCUACAGGUGUGUUGUGGGUGACCGAGAGAGCUACUGAAUAUGGAUUUGGUGGCAAUGGUGAUGAUACGUGGGCAAAUUUGGGACAAGGUGCUCCAGAACAUGGCGAUACUGUUCCUGGAUCUUUUAAAAGACCUACUUCGAUCCCCAUCACCGACAUCAGUAAAGAGUACGCCCCUACCGCAGGUAUCAAGGAGUUGAGAGAGGCAGUGGCCGACUACUACAACCAAACGUACCGUCUGAACCUCUACUCUAAGUACACCUACAAGAACGUGUGCAUUGUUCCUGGUGGACGUGCUGGGUUGACUCGUAUUGCUUCCAUCAUCAGUGACUGCUAUUUGUCAUUUUUCUUGCCAGACUAUACUGCUUACGCUGAGAUGCUUUCGCUUUUCAAGAACUUUUCGCCUAUUCCUGUGCCGUUGGACGAGUCUGACAACUACGACAUCCACUUGAACACCAUUGAGUUGGAGUUAAAACGAGGAGUUUCGGCUUUGCUUACUUCAAACCCAAGAAACCCUACCGGUAAGUGUAUGACGAGAAGGCAAUUGAAUCGUCUUCAUGAUCUCUGUAGACAAAAGUGUCUCUUGAUUAUGGACGAGUUCUACUCACACUACUAUUAUGAUGAUCACUGCUCGGGUUCGUCCAUCUCAUCUGCAGAGUACGUGCAAGACGUGAAUAGUGACCCAGUUCUCAUUUUGAACGGACUCACUAAGGCCUUCCGGUUGCCAGGAUGGAGAAUCUGCUGGAUCUUAGGUCCAGAGGACUACAUCAAUGCCCUUAGUUCUGCGGGCUCCUUCUUGGACGGAGGUUCCAAUGCUCCAUUUCAAUAUGCUGCCCUUGAGUUCCUCAGACCACCGUUGAAGGUCAAGAAUGAGAUGAAGGCACUUCAAUUGCACUUCAAGAUGAAGAGAGACUACAUCAUCUCUCGGUUGAGUGCCAUGGGAUUCCAUUUUGACGAAAAAAACAUCCCCAACUCCACGUUCUAUCUCUGGCUCAAUCUUUCACAUCUUCCUGGAAAGCUUAGCAACUGUCUCGGAUUCUUCCAUGAAUGCUUACAUGAGAAGGUGAUUGUGGUGCCUGGAUUUUUCUUUUUGAUCAACCCACAGAACUUGAGUAGAUUAGAGGAUGUGAUUUGGUACAAUUUUGUGAGAAUCAGUUACGGUCCCGAGUUGCAUCAGUUGGUGAUUGGAAUGGACGGAAUCGAGCGCAUUUUGCGCAGAUUUGAUUGCUUGCCAGAUGGAUAUGACGCAGCGAAGACUCAAAGUGCCGACGCCCAGUAG